AUGUCGCAUAUCUCCUUGAACACCUCUGCUGAUAACCCCGUCACCAAGGAGGUCUUGGAAAAGACUCUGUCUAGCUUUGGAUCAGGAGAACUGUCGCUCAAAUCCGAAGACGUGGUAGAUUAUACGCGUAUACUGGCGGGAACUCACGAAGUUUUUCAGAAGAUACUUGACCUUCCCGACUAUGUCCCAGUGGUAGAUAAGCGAUUCGCUAGACAGAAUGUCCACAAGCCAACUGCUGCAGAGAAUGAGAGCAAUGCUUGGGCUUGGAAAGUCUCUGUCAAGGAUGAAGGCUCUGAGGGUGCUUUGAAGGGUUUGACCGUCUGUUUAAAAGACAAUAUUGCUUUCGCCGAUGUACCAUGCUCAGUCGGGACAUCCUACAUCGACGAUUGGGUUCCGAAUACCGAUGCUACUGUAGCUACUCGUGUACUCGAAGCUGGAGGAGAAAUCACAGGGAAAGCUGUUUGUGAAAAUCUGAGUUUUUUUGGAGCCUCAAUCUCCAGCGGAACAGGUCGAAUAGAUAACGUCUACGCUAAAGGUUACUCGGCUGGAGGCUCGUCAUCCGGAUGCGGUGUCCUGGUGGCUCGGGGUGAAUGUGACAUGGCCAUUGGAGGUGAUCAAGGAGGGUCUAUACGACUUCCUGCUGCACAUAAUGGAAUCGUUGGAAUGAAGCCAACGCAUGGUCUUGUGCCUUAUACGGGUAUCUGUCUACUCGAACGAACGAUCGAUACCACAGGUCCCAUGACUAAGGACGUCCUAUCCAAUGCUUUGCUUCUCAAAGUUCUCGCCGGUUCCGACUCCAUCGAUGAUCGACAGCUCGCUGGAUGUCCCUCUCCCUCACAGGUGCCCGACUAUCCUACUUUGACCAAACAGCCAAUCAAGGGCCUUCGCGUUGGUAUCGUAUCGGAGAGUCUCGAUACCGAAUUGACGGACAAACGAUAUGCGGAUUUCGUCGUGGAUGCCGCCAAGAAGUUCUUAGACCUCGGGGCAGAAGUGGUCGAGCCAGUCUCAAUUCCUGGUACUGUCUUAGCAUCAGAUCUCUGGAUGGUCAUUGCCCGUUUGUCAUCCUAUCAAAACCUUAUUGGCAGGGCAUGUGGUCAUCGAGGAUUGUACCUCAAUGAUUUCAUGGCCAAGUUCCUACCCAUCACUCAGGAGAAAUUAGACAAGAUGUGGCCAAGUGUCAUUGCUACCUUGACUAACGGUGCCUACGCCUGGGAAAACCUUGAUCCAUCGUUAAUGGGCAAGACGAUGAACCUUUCGCGAAAAGUGAGGGAUGAGAUCGAUGCUGUUUUGGGCAAAUACGAUGUUCUUGUAACUCCGACCAUGGUAAAACUACCAGCGCGAAUCGAUAAUAUGCCGGAGCACCCUACUCCCCUACAGAAAAUGUCUUAUGCAGCUGGUGUCGGACUAAACACUUGUCCUUAUUCUCUGACUGGGCACCCUGCUAUAUCCAUCCCGGUCGGCUUCCUCUCGCCACUCGAUGAUCCAACCGCAAGGUUGCCGGUGGGUAUGCAAAUCGUGGGCCAAUUCUAUGACGAAGCGACGCUAUACCGUGCUGCUUAUGCCUGGGAGUCAAACUUCGAGUGGAAGCAGCGUGUAUACUCAAGCAUUGGUGCUUCGGUCGGCGGUCAGGUGUAG